UCUAGGCCCCGGUGCACCCAACCCGGAAGGCUAUGGCAGUGGCGACUGUGGCUGCAGCGCUUCUGGCCGCACUGGGUGGGGCGCUGUGGCUGGCAACACGGCGGUUCUCCGGGCCCAGGGGCCAGCGCAUGCAGGGAGGCGGGGACCGGAGCCUCAUGCACGGGAAGACAGUGCUGAUCACUGGGGCAAACAGCGGCCUGGGCCGCGCCACGGCCGCCGAGCUGCUGCGCCUGGGGGCUCGGGUCAUCAUGGGAUGUCGUGACCUUGCGAGAGCGGAGGAGGCUGCGGGUCAGCUCCGCCAGGACCUCAGCCAGGCUGCGGGUCAAGAGCCCGACGCCACCGAGGGCCAGCUGGUCGUCAAGGAGCUGGACCUUGCCUCUCUACGUUCUGUGCGAGCCUUCUGCCAAGAACUAUUGCAGGAAGAGCCCAGGCUAGACGUCCUGAUCAAUAACGCAGGGAUCUUCCAGUGCCCAUAUAUGAAGACGGAAGAUGGGUUUGAGAUGCAGUUUGGAGUGAACCACCUGGGCCACUUCCUACUCACCAAUCUUCUCCUUGGACUCCUCAAAAGUUCCGCUCCCAGCAGGAUUAUAGUUGUUUCUUCCAAACUUUAUAAAUAUGGAGACAUCAACUUUGAAGACUUGAACAGUGAACAAAGCUAUAACAAAAGCUUCUCUUAUAGCCGAAGCAAACUAGCUAACAUCCUUUUCACCAGAGAACUAUCCCGUCGUUUAGAAGGAACAAAUGUGACUGUCAAUGUAUUGCAUCCUGGUAUUGUGCGGACAAACCUUGGGAGGCACAUACACAUCCCAUUGCUGGCCAGACCACUUUUCAGUUUGGUAUCGUGGGCUUUUUUCAAAACUCCACAAGAAGGUGCCCAGACCUCCAUUUACUUAGCCUCUUCACCUGAGGUAGAAGGAGUGUCCGGAAGGUACUUUGGAGAUUGUAAGGAGGAAGAACUAUUGCCCAAAGCUAUGGAUGAGUUAGUAGCAAGAAAACUGUGGGACAUCAGUGAAGUGAUGGUUGGCAUUUUAAAAUAGAAAUAAAGUAAGAGGGCUAUUUAUAAGGCAACCCAUUACACCCUUGGUCGGGAGCAGCAUGUGUGAGCACAUGGUACUUGAAAACAGUUUUGGGUUGGCAGUAACACUGCUGAGAGGGACACAUGGGUAUUUGAAGGGCACUGGAGUUACAUGGGCUAAUACAAAGUUAAAUAACUAGAAUGAGCAGCACAUCCUGUUUUAUAAUUAAAAAUUAUAGUCAGGCAAUCAUAAAUGCUAAACAUAAUAGCUACCUAAAAGAGAGUUUCAUAGCAAAAAAAAAAAAAAAUGUUAAGAACUUUUGCUACAGUGCUUGUUUUUGGAAAUAAUAUGCCUAAUGUGUGCACAUAAUUAUCACUUGGAAUAAAUGUAUGAUGCAGAUUC